AUGAGCACCGCUCCGGCGAACAGCACCAGCGAACUUAGUAGACUGGCUGCAACUGCACGAUCGUUGGUUCAGAGAAUGCUCACCAGCUACCACCCUGACUAUGGCUUCAGUACUACCAGUGUCCAGGUCUACGAUACGGCUUGGGUGUCCAUGAUCUCGAAGACGACCCAAGGCAGGCAGGAAUGGUUGUUUCCGGCAUCAUUCCAUUACCUACUCAAGACCCAGUCUGAAGAUGGCAGCUGGGGAGCUCACCCAGACACUCAAACAGUCGGGAUCUUGGACACAGCGUCUGCUUUGCUUGCGUUGAUUCGUCAUUACCAUCAGCCUCUACAGAUCUGCGACGUUUCCCCGUCAGAGCUCAAAAGACGUAUUAAAAAAGCAACUGAAUCGCUCCGUCAUCAGCUUGACAACUGGGAUGACGUGCAGGAAAGCAACCACAUCGGUGUCGAGAUUAUUGUACCUGCCCUUCUCGAGUAUCUGUCACUGGAGGACCCAGAAUUAUACUUCGUGUUCGAGGCCAGAACGACCCUUCUACACAUACGCGACACUAAGUUAGCAAGCUUCAAGCCUGAGUAUCUGUAUGGACAGAAACCACUAUCUCUUCUACAUUCCCUGGAGGCGUUUAUUGGGAAAAUUGAUUUCGACAAGGUCUCUCACCAUGUAUUUCAAGGAUCUAUGAUGGCUUCGCCAUCUUCCACAGCUGCUUACCUGAUGAACGUCUCCUGCUGGGACGACGUAGCAGAGGCAUAUUUGCGACAUGUUUCCAGUGUCGGAUCCGGACACGGUGAUGGUGGCAUACCAGGUACAUUCCCAACGGCAAACUUUGAGUUUAACUGGACCAUAACAACCCUACUCCGAGCUGGAGUCACAAAUCAAGACCUGGACUGUCCGGAGCUUCACACAGUCACAGAGAUCCUCAUCAAGGCUUUCCAAGACGAGAAAGGAGUCAUUGGUUUCGCACCUCGGGCCGUGGACGCCGAUGACACUGCGAAGGGUCUUCUCACCCUAAGUCUGCUUGGUCGAAGUGAGACUGUCAGCCCAAAGCCAAUGAUACGUAGAUUCGAGGUCGACAAUCACUUCUCUACCUUUGGUUCCGAGCGCGAUGCAAGCUUCACCACAAAUUGUCACGUUCUCAUGGCAUUACUCCAUCAGGACGAAGCUGGAAAAUAUACUUCUCAGAUCUGUAAGACAGUCAAGUUCCUCUGCGACUGGUGGUGGACACAUGAUGGCAAACUGAAGGAUAAGUGGAAUCUUAGUCAUAUGUAUCCAACAAUGCUCAUGGUCGAAGCGUUCACGGACCUUCUGUCCCUGCUUGAUACCGGCUCUUUCCCACAUCUCCUGACCAUGGAACAGCAGCUGCGCAUGGCGAUAGCGCUCUUCCAAGCCUGUAAUCGUACGCUCAAGACUCAGGACCAGGACGGAUCCUGGGAUGGCAAGCCUGAACAUACGGCUUAUGCCAUCCUGGUGCUGGCAGAGGCGCGCCGUAUCUGUCUGUUCUCCGAGCUACAGGACCCCAUAUUCUCGGCCAUCCAACGUGGUGUGCUUUUUCUCAAGUCCGUUGGUCACCAGUCAUUCGACUAUAACUGGACUUCGAAGACGGCAUACAGAACCAGCUUUGUAGCUGAAGCAUAUCUGAUUGCUGCACAAUGGGUAGGUUGCAGUAACAGAGACACGACACAGCCUCAGAUUGGGAAGUCCUUGUCGCUUGAUGAUCUGAGAAGAGGUAUAAAAAAACAUGCGACUCUACUCUACCAGACGCCUAUGUUUUCUAGUGUCCCUGAAUGGAAGAUACAGGCAUCUAUGGCUGAAUCUAUGUUGUUUAUACCUCUGCUCCAGCAGGAGAGACUGAGUAUAUUUUCCCGCGACAAAUUCCAGUUGGAGAACGAUUCCUACAUCAACAUGAUCCCCUUUACCUGGGUUGGACCAAACAACCGCUCCGGCGCCUUCGUCUCUACCUCUUUCAUAUACGACAUGAUGCUCCUAUCAAUGUACGGCUACCAAGUCGACGAAUUCAUCGAGACCGUCGCCGCUCCUGCAUUCGGCACCGACACACAGCGUCUCCACAGCCUCAUCGACGACACGAUCGGGCAAAUCGCCUACAAGCCCAACAACCCCGACAACCGCCGCGACAGCCUCGACCCAACCGUCCUUCACACCCAACACAACACCAACAACACCGACCCCAACAUCACCCUCCAACUCACCCGCUUCAUCACCUACGUCCUCCACCACCCAACCAUCCUCCGCGCCAGCCCCUCCGACCGCACCCACCUCCGCCACGAACUAUCCUCCUUCCUCCACGCCCACACAACCCAACUCACUCUUAACCACUCCCAUACCAACACAUCCCCACCCUUCUUCACCUGGCUCCGCACCACCGCCGCCGACCACGUUGCAUGCGCCUACUCCCACGCCUUCGCCGCAUGCCUGCAAUCCGCCACCCUCACCCACGGCACCCCUCUCUACCCCAGCAUCACCCAGUCCUACCUCGUCCAGCACGCCGUGCGCCACCUCGCAACCGCAUGCCGCAUAUACAACGACUAUGGCAGCGCAGCACGCGACGCUGCAGAGCAUAACCUCAACGCCAUGGAUUUCCCUGAGUUUGACGCUUGUGCUGGUGCUGCGGAGCGUAGGGCUGCGCUGGAGUUUCUGGGGCGGCAUGAGUGGGGGUGCUUGGAGUAUGUGCUGGGUGAGUUGCGGAGUGAGAUUGGGAGGGCGGCGAGGGGGGAUGUUGGGGAAGUGAGGAGGGCGGAGAGGAAGAUGGGGUAUUUGGGGUUGUUUUGUGAUGUUACGGCGUUGUAUAAUCAGAUUUAUGCGAGGUGUGAUGUUUCGGCGCGGGUUAGGGGGUAG